AUGAAUCCAGGUAGGGGUAAAUUAAAGAAGAAAUUAGACAAGAUUGUCAAAUACAUUUGUCAAAAUCGGCCGGAGAGAGUUCGGGAAUAUAGUAAAAAAAAUAAGUUGGAGAAAUUCCUGAAAGAAGUCAUUGGAGAUGAUGGGAAAAAUUUGCUUCAUAUUUGUUGUGGAUACGCGAAUUCUGGUUCACUGUUCAGGUACCUCAUAAAACAUGGUGUUGAUCCAAUAGCUCGUGAUUUCCAUGGUAAUCUUCCUGUUCACUGUGCAUUGCAGCAAGCUAUAAAUUCUGAUGAUCCUGUCAGAGGUUGGUCAGUUUACACAGAACUUAUCAAGCCACUUUCUGAUGCUUAUCCUCACACGCUCAAGGAAAGCAAUAACAAUGGCUCUGCAGUUGCAGAUUUGAUAACCAGAUUUUUGCACAAAGAAGACUUUUCAACGACAUCUGAGUCAAGUAGUCAGUCUUCAGAUUAUUCAGAAGAAGAAGAAGAGGAGGAGGAAGAGGAAGAUUAUGAAGAGGGUGAUUCAGCCAAGUGGAAUGAGAAACUUGCUGAAGAGGUGUGUGAUGAAUAUAGCAGAUAUUGGGGAAGAUAUGAACAAGAUUUUGCCGACACAUCAUCUCACCCAGAAACUUAUGACCAGUGGGCUGAUCGAAUCUGGUCUGAACGUAAGCGCAAGAGAGAUUCCAGUGUAUUUGCCCGAUGGAGAGAAUCUAUCCAACGGAACUGGCUGUUUGGUCGAAAAAUGUCUGAGCCAAGGCACAGGAAAAACUUUGAUAAUCGGUCUAGUCGAGCUAAAGAUGCCAAAUACUCAGAACAUUGGACAGGCAACACUGGCAGGUCUUAUCCCCACCACCACCAACAGCACCACCAGUCUUCCUCAGAGACUUCAGCUUCCACCUCCCCAACUGUGAAAAGGCACUCUCCAAAGUUGGCUGAUUUUCUCUUGAGUAAUAAGAAAUAUGAUGCCCUGUUGAAAAAUAACAAGGAGACGCCUCUUGCCUUUAGUAAUAUUCCUUGGCCACGAGAUGGUAGUGGAGCCGUUAUCACAGCUGAGGCAUUAGAGAAAAUGAACAUUGGCGAGAACAAGAUGUUGUUGAGGAAACUGCAGCGUCGCUGGCACCCAGACAAAUUCACGCAGCACUUUGGUGACCGACUGCUCAAAUCGGACAGAGACCGGAUUCUUGAUCAGGUCAACGAUAUUGCCAAAGCUUUCAACAGCAUGGCUCGGAAAAUACAGUAA